GGGGAAGGAAUCAGAGGCGCCACCUGAGGCUCCAGUCCUUGGCAGGAGGCCGGCGCUACGCUCUCACGCUGCUGCAAAAAUCGCUUCCGGAGAGCGGUAACCAUCACCCCAUGAGGAAACCCGCCGGGGAAAGUGGUGAAAAACGACGCCGGGAGAGGAUUGGUGUCGGGAGUUGCGGAGCCCAAACCCGGGGCGCCAGCCUGCACGGAAAAGGGAGAAGGGCGGAGGAGCCACGCGCACCUGAGGCCGCGAAGAACUCCGAGCAGAAAGCCGCGCGAGAUCUGGGGUCGGGAUCUCGUUGCGUUGCCUAGCGACGUGAAGGACGCUCGCGGGCCCCCGGCUAACCCCUGCUGUAGCCUUAAAUCUCCUACCAUGGGGGAAGAAGGCGGUGGCUGCAGCAGUGGGCCCACUAGAGACCUGCAGAAGCUGAAGCAGCAGGCGAUGGAGUACUACCGGGAGAACGACGUCCCGCGCAGGCUGGAAGAACUGCUCAACUCCACCUUCUACCUCCAGCCUGCCGACGUCUACGGGCACCUGGCAAACUGCUUUUCUAAACUUGCAAAGCCUCCCACCAUAUGCAAAGUAGUGGGGAAAAGCGUACUGGAUGGACUGGGGCUUCCAACCCUUCAAGUGGAAAUAUUCUGCACCAUUCAAAAUUUUCCCAAGAACGUAUGUUCUGUGGUGAUCUCAACUCACUUCGAAGUCCAUGAGAAUGCCCCGCCUGAGAUAGCUGAAGCAGAAGUAGUAGAAAGGUUGGAUGCCGUGAACACCGCUGUGCAGUGGGUCAAUGAAACCAUCACCAAGGAGCUUCAGGGCGCAGCCCCCUCCAGCCAGGCUGAGGUAGAUCAGGUGCUCAGGACAUUCUUUGAAAAUAAAGUACAAGAAGAUAAGGAGAAAAAAGAGUUGGAAAAGAGUGUGGAAGACUCAACAGUGCCUACACUGUCAUCUCUAAUGCCACCACCACCUCCUCCUCCGCCAGCCAAGAAAAAGGGACUAAAGCAAGGGAGGAAGGAUACUCUUACAGAGAAACCUGUUAGGCCUCCAGAACCUGUCGAGCCUGUUCUCUCCGGCAGCAUGGCCAUAGGGGCUGUGUCCCUGGCUGUGGCCAAAGCCAGUGCCAUGCUGGGCAAUAAGCCUCUGUACUUAAGGAUUGCAUCACUAAAGCACCAGCAGGAACCGCCAGCCACGCUUACUAUACCUCUGCUGAUGGUCUCUCUGGUCAGCUGUGGGAAGUCAUUGCCUGGGAAGCUGAAUUUAAUGAAAGAAGUGAUUUGUAUACCCCAUCCUGGAUUAACAGCUAAACAAGGUGUGGCAAUGGUUCAGCAAAUUCAGAAACAUAUUACCAAAACAAUGGAAAUGCCCUCUCCUCCCAAAGCAGAGACAAAGAAAGGGCAUAAUGGAGGCAAAAUAAGUCAACAGCAGGUCACUGGCAAGAUGUCCCAUCUUGGGUGUUUAACCAUUAAUUAUGACACCAUAGAGCAGCCACUGCUCCUAAUACAAGGAAUCUGUGCAAACCUGGGGCUAGAAAUGGGAACAAAGCUGCAUCUGGCCAUCAACUGUGCUGCACAUGAGCUGAUGGACUAUAGUAAAGGCAAGUAUGAAGUGAUGACAGGAACCUACAAACACGCAGCGGAGAUGGUUGACCUGUAUGUGGACCUGGUCAGCAAGUUCCCCUCAAUUAUCGCCUUAAUCGAUCCUUUCAGGAAGGAGGACUCUGAACAGUGGGACAGCAUCUACAAUGCCCUCGGUUCCAGGUGUUAUAUAAUUGCAGGCACUGCAUCCAGGAGCAUUUCUAAGCUUCUAGAAGAUGGUAACAUCAGCACCCCCAGGUCCAGUGGGCUGAUCAUAAAACACACAAAUCAAACUACCAUAUCUGACUUGGUGGAAAUAACCGAUCUUAUUGACAGUAACAAGCACAUGGCUGUCUUUGGAAGCACAGAGGGAGAGUCGUCAGAUGACAGCCUUGUCGAUCUGGCCGUUGGACUCGGUGUCCAGUUUAUCAAGUUGGGAGGUCUUUCUCGCGGCGAGCACGUGACUAAGUACAACCGCCUUUUUACUGUAGAGGAAGAACUCAUCCAGAGUGGAACACUGGGUACGUGCUGCCUUCUCCUUUUGUUGCCACUGAGCCACGAAUAAGAGAACAAAGACUGCAAGG